AUGUGUCCUACACCAGAUAACCUCAACGGCGCUACAAACGGUACCAAUGGUACCACCAACGGCACCAACGGCACAAAUGGCUCACACAAUGGCUAUACCGGCAUAGAAACCGACAGAUCCACUCCCAAGAACGCAAGAAACCCAUAUCUCCCAGUCGGUGACUUCCUGUCAAAUAUCUCCAAGUUCAAGAUCAUUGAGUCGACGUUAAGAGAAGGCGAGCAGUUUGCCAAUGCUUACUUCGACACCGCCAAGAAGAUCGAGAUUGCAAAGGCCCUGGACGAGUUCGGUGCUGAUUACAUUGAGCUUACUUCGCCUGCUGCUUCCGAGCAAUCGCGAAAAGACUGCGAAGCUAUCUGCAAGCUUGGCCUCAAGAGAUCCAAGAUCCUCACACACAUAAGAUGCCACAUGGACGAUGCGCGGAUAGCGGUGGAAACUGGUGUCGAUGGUGUGGAUGUCGUUAUUGGAACAUCAUCUUUCUUGCGAGAGCAUUCUCACGGCAAGGACAUGACUUAUAUCAAGAACACUGCCAUUGAGGUCAUCAACUUUGUCAAAUCCAAGGGCAUUGAGAUCAGAUUUUCCUCGGAAGACUCUUUCCGGUCCGAUCUGGUGGAUCUGCUAUCUCUCUACCAGGCAGUCGAUAAGGUUGGUGUAAACAGGGUCGGUAUCGCUGACACAGUCGGAUGCGCUUCCCCAAGACAAGUAUACGACCUAGUUCGAACACUGCGAGGUGUUGUCUCCUGCGAUAUUGAGACCCAUUUCCACAACGAUACAGGAUGCGCAAUCGCAAACGCUUACUGCGCUCUGGAAGCUGGUGCAACCCACAUCGACACUUCAGUGCUCGGCAUUGGUGAGCGAAAUGGUAUCACAACACUCGGUGGUCUGAUGGCACGAAUGAUCACAGCUGACCGCGAUUACGUGAUGAGCAAAUACAACCUCGCCAAGCUCAAGGACAUCGAAGAUCUGGUUGCUGAAGCUGUUGCUGUCAACAUCCCAUUCAACAACCCAAUCACCGGUUUCUGCGCCUUCACCCACAAGGCAGGAAUCCACGCCAAGGCCAUCCUAGCCAAUCCCUCCACGUACGAAAUCAUUGACCCAGCAGAUUUCGGCAUGAGGAGAUACGUCCACUUUGCCAGCAGACUAACAGGCUGGAAUGCAAUCAAAUCGAGAGCACAGCAAUUGAAUAUUGAAAUGACCGACGCACAAUACAAAGAGUGCACAGCCAAGAUCAAGGCUCUAGCUGACAUUCGACCUAUCGCUAUCGACGACGCAGAUUCAAUCAUCCAUGCUUUCUAUCGAAACGUCAAGCACGGAUUGGAAGAGAGGAUUGAGUUACCGAACAUGACUACAGCUGAGAAGAAGGCUCUUGCCAAGGUAGAGGCUGAAGUCAACAAGGUACCUGAGAAGAGGGCCUUGGACGAAACUGUCGAGCAGGAGGUUGCAGUGGAACAGACCAUCAAGAAGGCUAAGACUAAUGGUGUUACCGCAUAG